AUGCCACCUGCCGUCAUGCCACCCUUCACCAACAGCACCAAUCUGACCGAGGUCAUCCUCGCCGUGCUCAAGAACAAGAUGUACAACCUCACCAUCAUCCUCAACGCUGGUGAUGAUGCAGGUGCACCGUUGGGUAGCAGCGGCACCGGACUAGCCGGCGACUUUGCCGAGCUCUUAACCAAAGUCAUCCUUGGCGGUCUCGAGGACACCGUCCUGCUUGACAAGAUCCUAAUAUAUGGCGUCCGCGCGUUCGGUGUCGGGUUUGUCGGCCACAAGGCAUGGCGUCGUCUUCGUGUCGGACAGCGAGAUGCGAUCGUAACCAACCUUAUCAUGGUGAAGAAUGUUGUCGCAACUGAGGUUGGCAAGGCGAUGAGGUUAAUGCAGAAGCAUGUCGGGCUCGACGUUGACCUCGGCAAUGCUACCAACGAUGCCCAGAGUGCCCCGUUCGUCGACAUCGAGAUGGGAGUUGGCUUUGACUCUACCAGUACGAGUACCCAGCGACAAGGUUUCUACCUGCAAGGAGGAAACCCGCGCAUCCAGGGCGAAGUCGGCGUCGAUGGUCUCGUUGACAUUACGGCGCAAGUCCUUGGUGCGGACGAUACUGGGCCCGCAGGUAGCCCCGUGGACUUGGUGCAGGAGGCUGGCGACCUGGGGCUGCUGGCAUCUUGCUUCCAAGGAGAGGUGUAA